UUCACUGCAAGGUUCACUAAGAGGGAGAGUGGUCUGGAGAAGGAAGAAGUCCUUAAAAAAAAAUCAAUCAUAAUGAGCAAAUGUGGCAAAAAACAGCAUGCAAGAAUUAACAUAAGACAAAUGACCAUGGAAACAGGUGAAUCACAGCAAGAUGGCAAUGCAGCAGACUCUGUUGCAGAAAGUGAUGCUGCUACUAUACAGUCUCCAUCUGGCCAAAAUCAGAUAUCUACUAUAGCACAGGUUUCUGUAGCGGGAUCAACAACUGGAAGAGGAUCUCCCUCUGUAACUGUAGUGCAAUUGCCUUCUGGUCAAACGGUCCAUGUGCAGGGAGUGAUUCAAGCAACUCAGCCUUCAGUUAUUCAAUCACCACAGUUGCAAUCUGUUCAGGUAGCAUCAGCUACAAGUGCAGAUGAAUCUACAGAGUCAGAGGUUGUCAUUGAUUCUCAGAAACGGAGGGAGAUCCUUUCAAGGAGGCCUUCAUAUCGAAAAAUUCUGAAUGAACUGUCUUCUGAUGCACCUGGUGUCACUAAGAUUGAAGAAGGAAAGUCAGAGGAAGAAGGAGCGCCCUCUGGCAUCCCUGCCAUGGCAGUGCCAACGAGCCUUUAUCAGACUAGCACCGGGCAGUACAUUGCUAUAGCCCAAGGUGGAGCAAUCCAGAUCUCUAACCAGGCAUCUGACGGCGUUCAGGGGUUGCAGACAUUAACAAUGACAAAUUCAGGAGCUCCUCAGCCCGGUGCUACAAUUGUACAAUAUGCAGCCCAAACAGCUGAUGGCACACAACAGUUCUUUGUACCUGGGAGUCAAGUUGUUGUCCAAGCUGCUACAGGUGACAUGCCAACUUACCAGAUCCGAACUCCAACCACAGCCUUACCUCAAGGGGUAGUCAUGGCAGCAUCCCCAGGAACAUUGCAUAGCCCACAGCAGCUCGCAGAAGAAGCAACGCGUAAAAGAGAGCUAAGGCUCAUGAAAAAUAGGGAGGCUGCAAAAGAAUGUCGACGGCGGAAGAAAGAAUAUGUGAAAUGUCUGGAGAGUCGUGUUGCGAUGUUAGAAGUUCAAAACAAGAAACUUAUAGAAGAGCUAGAAACCUUAAAAGACAUUUGCUCUUCCAAGACAGACUAGUAUCAAUAUUGAAACUGUGAACUGGCUACAGCAUGUACAGAUGCUUCUGCAGGCAAUGUCUAGUCAACAAGAAUUAUGACUUUUCCUUUGUAUCAUUUGUCUUCUACUCCAGCCUCUAACAUUCCUGAAACGCUGCAUUUUUGUAGAUUCUUAAUUGAAACUUCAGGUGUCUUUCUGAUCCAGAAAGAGUCAAAUGGUUAAGGCAGUGUCUGUUCCAUCUUUUCAAAAUGCAACAUGUGUAAGAGCUGUUCCUCUGCCCAAUCUUUGCAUUAAUUACUUUAAAUGUAUAAUUUUGGUUGUUCCCACUUGCACCAGUAUUUUAAAGUGAUCAAAGAUAAUGCAUCCAACACAAUAAAAUGAAAACCACCCUAAGUAUCUCAGGAAAGAGUUAUAUAUAUAAAUAUAUAUAUAAAGGUAUGUUGUAAUGACAUACAUGUAUUAGAAUACUAGUUUACAAAUGAAUUUAUGGCAUAUUUUUAUAUUCAUCACUUUGUGAAGAAAGUAUUGUACUGCUGUCACUGAGUGCCAUGGUUGAAACUAGUUUUUAAAUAGAACCAUGUUGGUUAAA